AGUGGUAUGCAACAUAUUGCGGAACUGCGCUGUUCAGAACCUGGUGCACAUGUGAGCAUAUGCACGCGUUGUGAAAUUACGAUUUUUUUUGCGCAAUUAUAAGUAAUAUCAACAAUAAGUUGUCAACAGAGUUAAGGUUUCAGCCCAUAUUCGAGAAAGCUUGACUGGGGUGUUUGGUUAACUGAAAAAUGCCGAAAAAUAAAGGAAAGGGAGGUAAAAACCGGAGGAGAGGAAAGAACGAGAAUGAAUCGGAGAAGAGAGAACUGGUCUUCAAAGAGGACGGACAAGAGUAUGCACAGGUUCUGAAGAUGUUGGGAAAUGGCAGAUUGACCGCACACUGCCUCGACGGCGUGGAAAGAUUAUGCCACAUUCGAGGAAAGCUUCGCAAAAAGGUUUGGAUAAACACAGGCGACAUCAUCCUGCUGGGCUUGCGAGAUUACCAAGACGACAAGGCCGACGUCAUCCUCAAGUACAACGCAGACGAAGCCCGCAACCUCAAGGACUUUGGCGAGCUGCCCGAGUCAUACAAGAUCAAUGACGCCACGACCCUCGGACCGAACGAGGAUGAUGACGAUAUCCAGUUCAAAGAUAUCGAAAGGGUUUGAAGACGGGUCCUUUGGCUCAGGCGGGGUGCUGUAAGAUUUGUAAAUUGAGAAUUUGUUUCUUGAAUGCUCCACCGGAAGACAUAUCCAUUGAAGUCCCAGCCUUUGCAUUGCCUCUGGUGGGCAUGCAGUCUUUUUUUUAAAGAUGGCCAAUGUUUAUGGGUUCCCUCUCUCAUGAAGGAUUGUGGGGCUGACGUAGACUCAAGUAGCAUGAAAAAUAACGCCAGCUCUUCACUUGAUACGUUUUCCGUACACCAAGUGCUCUCAAGUAUGUUCUUAUAAAUGCCAGCUUUGCUGUACGAUACAUUGGCCAUGAUGAAAAAUCCCUGAAAGAUAUCCAUGCCCUUGGAAUGUGUUUGAUUAAAAGAACAGUGUCUUAUAAUUUGGCACCUGGCAAGCAUGCCACAAAAUGAACCAUCUUGGCUUUGCACACAAGUCUUUGUAAAAAAAAGGGCAGCCUUGUCUGAAUAUUAACCCUAACCCUUCCCAAUCCUCCAAAAUCCUUCGGGGGGUG